AUGGCUGCCGACAGUGACGAUGGCGCAGUUUCAACUCCCGCAGCCUCCUAUGGUGGUGUCAGCAAGAGCACAACAUCUGUGGAGGAGCUAAUAGUCCGGGUUCCUCUAGUAGAUCUUCAAAGCAACAACUUUAAGGAGAUGUGGCCAUCCCUCCUGCUAGCCAUAAAGACAGCCAAUUUCAUGGCUGUGGACAUGGAGCUGAGUGGGCUGGGACAGAAGAGUUUGUUGAACCAGUGCAUCGAGGAAUGUUACAAGGCCGUGUGUCAUGCUGCCAGGGCCCGUUCUAUCCUCUCCCUGGGCCUCGCCUGCUUCAAGCAGCAGACAGACAAGGGUGAGCAUUCCUAUCUGGCUCAAGUAUUCAAUCUCACUAUGCUGUGCAUGGAGGAGUAUGUCAUAGAACCAAAGUCUGUGCAGUUCCUGAUACAGCAUGGCUUCAACUUCAACCAGCAGUAUGCCCAGGGCAUCCCCUUCCAUAAGGGCAAUGACAAGAGUGAUGAAACCCAGAGCCAGUCAGUACGGUCCGUAUUCCUGGAGCUAAUCCGAGCCUGCUGGCCCCUGGUACUACACAAUGGCCUUAUAGACUUGGUGUUCCUGUACCAGAACUUCUAUGCACACCUCCCUGAUAGUCUGGGAACCUUCACUGCUGACCUGUGUGAGAUGUUCCCGGCAGGCAUUGACACCAAAUAUGCUGCUGAGUUUCAUGCACCCUUCGUAGCCUCCUACUUAGAAUAUGCCUUCCGGAAAUGUGAAAGGGAAAAUGGGAGGCAGCGGGCAGCGGGCAGCCCACACCUUACCCUGGAGUUCUGCAGCUAUCCUUCCAGCAUGAGGGCCCAUAUUGAUUACCGCUGCUGCCUGCCCCCAGCAACCCACUGUCCUCAUCCCACCAGCAUCUGUGACAACUUCUCGGCUUAUGGCUGGUGCUCCCUGGGACCACAGUGUCCUCAGUCCCACAACAUUGAUCUUAUCAUUGACACUGAUGAAGCUGCCGCAGAGGACAAGCAGCAACAGCGGCAAUGGCAGGAAAAACGGAAGAGGGCUUUGUUGAACCUAAGGGGGACACAGACCUCUGGGGAAGAAGCUAAGGAUGGUCCUCCCAAGAAGCAGGUCCAUGGGGAUCGCCUCAGGGCUGAAGAAACUGAGCAGGAAGUGGCUGAGGAUGAAACUAGGAACCUGUCUCACUCCAAGCAAGGCAACAAAAAUGACUUAGAGAUGGGGAUUAAGGCAGCAAGGCCUGAAAUAGCGGAUACAGCUACCUCAGAAGUGCCAGGGAGCCAAGCCAGUCCUAACCCCGUGCCUGGGGAUGGAUUGCACCGAGCUGGUUUUGAUGCCUUUAUGACAGGUUGUGUGGUGGCCUCUGUGGAGGUGAGCCAGGGACCCCAGCCCUGUAGCUCUGGACCCUGGCUCUCUGAAUGCCACAAUAAGGUAUAUUUGAGUGGCAAAGCUGUACCCUUCACAGUGGCCAAGAGCCAAUUCUCUCGUUCCUCCAAAGCCCACAAUCAGAAGAUGAAGCUCGCUUGGGGCAGCAGCUGA